AUGAAUGAUGAAUUUACAACAUAUAUUAUAGGAGAAGAUUCAAAAUUUGACUAUACUAAUCUCGAAUUAUAUGAUAUUGUAGUAAAAUUUAAAAUAACAUCAUUUUAUUAUUUGGAUAUAUCUGAAACUUUUGAAAUACCACAGCUUUUAGAAAAAAGAAAAACUAUCACUCCUAUUUUACCAAAUUCCUUAAAAUUAACAUUCUAUGUAGUUGAAAUAUGUGAUAAACCUAUAGCUGAACAACUAAACCCUAAAAUGGGCGAUAUACUUCUAGAAAGUGAUGUUUAUGAUGUUGAAUUUAGAGAAUAUAUUAAUCCAAUUUUAAAAUAUGAAAAAGAAAUCACAUUUAUUAAACCUCUUAAACCAACUAAAGAUGAUGAAAUAUUGGAAUUUUUUCUUUCAGAAAUAGCAUCCAUUCAGUAUCAACAAAGUGAUAAUAUGAAUUCAAAUCUAAAUAAAAAACAAAAAGAAGAAUUACAAACAUUAUAUAUAAAUCAAGAAAUAAUGAUUAUCAAAUACAAUGAGAUCAAGAAUGGAAUCAAAGAAGAAACUGAAAUCGAUCGAUUAAGAGAUUUUCAAUUCUGGUAUAUGCAAAUAACUGAUAGUCAAAAUCAGAUAAAAAAAUUAAAAGAAGAACUUCAAAAAAAGAGAAAAUAUAGAUUAGAUUUUCUAGCUAAUUAUGCUGCAGAAUUCAAUAGAAUUCAACAAGAAAUUCAAAAUGAAACAGAAAUAGAAAUAUUAAAAAAUUUCUGGUUAAAAGAAAUCACUAAAUCUAAAUUAGAAGAUGAAGAUAAACAAAAACUCAAUGAGCUCAGAGAAGAACAUAUCAGAGAAUUAAAACAAACACAAUCUGAAACAAAUGAUUUCAAUCAGAUAAGAGAUGGUAUAUGUGAUGAACCACAUUCACCAUCUUUAAAAGUUAAUAGAUAA